AUGAUAGAGCUUUCUUGCAUCAUAUGCAGCAUUAAUCUCUCUCACUUAUCAGAGCUCGAUCAAAUAAAUCACAUUAAUGAAUGCAUUGAAGGAAAACUAGAACCAAAAAUUUCAGAAAGUGACCAAAUUUAUGAAACACAAAACGAACAAAACUAUUUAGCUAUGGCUAAUGAGCCCAAUGAUUUUUACAUAGAAAAUGAACCAAUAAUUGAAAAUCUUCAAAGAUUUGAAGUUGCAAACAUAGAGCCGAUAAAAGAAAGCAAAGAAGUUGAUAUGAAGGGCAUGCCAGAUUACUCGAAAAUGAGUGUUGGCGAAAUCAAAGCAGAAUUAGAUAAAUAUGGAAUGAAGAAAACACUAGAUAUGAAAAGUUCAAGAGAGAUUUUAAAGCAGACAUGGCUGUUUCUUAAUAGAGGAGUCUUCCCAGAGUUUUUAAAUAAGUAUAUAAUUAUGGAUUAAUGCUUUAUUUAUUUAGAAAAACAAAUAUUAUUCUUAUUUAGACUUUACCGCUGAUCGAUGUCAGCAUUCUAUUUUAAUUAAAAAAUAUUCAAAAAAUUAUAAAAAUUAAACCUUCGCAUCCAACCAAAAAACUCCAUAGCCAUUUAAAUGCUGUAUGCCAUCCUUAUUCCUUUAUCAUUCUAGUUUUAAUUGAAUCAUCGAUUCGCAUCCACUGUGAUCGGGGACUCAAAAUUCAACAAAUUCAUACUCAUUUCUUGCAGCAAGGACUCUAGCCAAUGUUCCACAAUUACUACUGCAAACUCCACCUGAUCCUCCAUGCCUUACAAAAGUCCUUGGAGCUCCAGCAAUUCUGCCCUUUUUCUUGCUUUUUUGGCGCGAAGUGCCUAAUAUAGUUAGGGAGGAUGUCUAGCACGGGGCUUUUUUGGCUUUCUUUCCAAAAAAGCCCCGUGCUAGAGAUCCUCCCUAACUAUAUUAAAUUAUAGAAAAACAAAUAUAAUAUUUGCAUUUAGUAUAAAGAAAUAUAUAUGGAAUAG